GUCAUUUAGGGCAUCCACAUUUAUUCUCUAUCUAAUGUCUUCUUCAUCUUCUAGUUCAACCAAUGAUCAUCUUUCGCCACCUGCGGUGGUGAAGCGGAGGGCUGGUCGGCAAAAAUUUCAAGAGACCCGCCACCCGAUUUUCAAAGGCGUUCGCCAAAGAAAUGGUAAAUGGGUUAGUGAGCUCCGACGACCUAACAAAAAAUCCAGCCUUUGGGUCGGAACUUUUUGCAACCCGAAAACGGCGGCGGUGGCGUAUGAUGUCGUUGCCUUAGCCAUUAAAGGUGAGUCCGCAUCACUCAAUUUUCCCAAUUUGGCUUACUCCUUUCCACGAGUUAUGUCGUCGUCAACCAUACAUGAUAUUCGGACGAUGGCAAUUGAGACGGCGAAGGCUUUUACGUCAAGUGAUAUAUUGACAUCUUUGUCUCCGUUAUCACCUCCAUCGUCACAGUCGUUAUUGUGUUCUUUAACAGCGGAUGAGAAGGUGGUACCAAAUUUCUUUUGGGAUGAGGAUGAGGUGUUUAAUAUGCCGGCGAUAAUUGCUGGUAUGGCGGAGGGAUUGAUUCUAACACCACCAAAAAUAAAGAGCGAAUUUGAUUGGGAAGAUUGUGAGAACAUAAUUGAGUUGACAUUAUGGAGUCAUGAGUGAAGAUUGUUUGAUUUGAAGGAUUAUUCAACGACUUUAACAAGUUGAACAUAUGAGCGAAUUUUAUUACUAGAAAUCCAAUAUAUAAGAAGUGGCCCAUACUUUAGUAGCCA